AUGGCGAAACCAGCGAAGACGCCUACGGGCUCCGUGAGGGCAUCGAGGAGUCCUCAACCUCCUCCAGCUAGGAUCGCGAAGAAGCCUGUGGAUUAUACGUCGGAGGGGGUGGUGGAUCAUGAUGUUUUCCUGCUACCUGGAUCGGAUUACCAGAUUAUGCUCACCAUUACGGUAUUGGCAACCAUCGUUCGAUUGUUCCGGAUAUAUCAGCCAAGCAGUGUGGUGUUUGAUGAAGUCCAUUUCGGAGGGUUCGCAUCAAAAUACAUAAAGGGGAAAUUCUUCAUGGAUGUUCAUCCACCUCUCGCAAAACUACUCCUUACGCUCGCUGGCUGGUUAGCUGGAUUCGAUGGCAACUUCGACUUUAAGGAUAUUGGAAAAGAUUAUUUGGAGCCUGGUGUACCAUAUGUGGCUAUGCGACUGUUGCCCGCUAUUUGCGGAAUACUGCUUGUCCCAACCAUGUUUUUGACCCUGAAAGCAUCUGGAUGCAGAACUAUGACUGCCACACUCGGGUCUUGUUUGAUUAUUUUUGAAAACGGCCUUCUCACGCAAGCACGAUUGAUCCUCCUCGAUUCUCCCCUUAUGAUUAUGACAGCUUUCACUGCAUUGGCAUUUACAUCCUUUACGAAUCAACACGAGCAAGGACCUUCCAAGGCCUUUUCUCCAACAUGGUGGUUCUGGCUUGCAAUGACUGGUUUGGGUCUGGGCGCAACAGCUAGUGUCAAAUGGGUCGGACUUUUCACAAUUGCCUGGGUUGGAAGUUUGACCCUUCUCCAAUUGUGGGUUCUUCUCGGAGAUGUUAAGACAGUCACUCCUCGCCUUUUCGCCAAGCACUUUGUUUCACGAGUAUUCUGCCUCAUCGUAAUUCCUAUCGCAUUCUACAUGGCCAUGUUCGCCAUUCAUUUCCUCUGCCUUACGAACCCAGGUGAUGGAGACGGAUUCAUGAGCUCCGAAUUUCAGGCGACUCUUAACUCCAAGGCUAUGGGAGAUGUUCCAGUUGAUGUUGCUUUCGGAAGCAGAGUCAGCAUUAGACACCACAACACACAAGGAGGAUACUUGCACUCGCACAACCUCAUGUACCCCACCGGAAGUAAGCAACAGCAAAUCACUCUCUACCCACACAAAGACGAGAACAACUUGUGGCUAUUGGAAAACACCACUCAGCCUCUGGAUGCCGCUGGUAACGCGAUCAAUGGAUCAUUUGCAUGGGACAACAUCAGCCCUGUAAACUUUAUCAAGAACGGUGAUACUGUCAAGCUGUACCACACCCCAACCCACCGACGACUUCAUUCUCACGAUGUUCGGCCACCUGUCACCGAAGCUGAAUGGCAAAAUGAAGUUUCGGCCUACGGUUACGAAGGAUUCGAAGGAGAUGCUAAUGAUUUCUUCCGUAUUGAAAUUAUCAAGAGUAUGUCUGAUGGCGAGGAAGCCAAGAAACGCGUUCGUACGAUUCAGACAAAGUUCAAGCUUGUUCACGUCAUGACUGGCUGUGUACUCUUCUCCCACAAAGUCAAGCUUCCAGAUUGGGCAUCUGAGCAACAAGAAGUUACUUGCGCCAAGGGUGGAACUCUUCCUAACAGUGUCUGGUAUGUCGAACAAAACGAGCACCCUCAACUUGGUGAGGACGCCGAGAAGGUCAACUACAGAAAUCCUGGUUUCUUCGGCAAGUUCUGGGAGUUGCAAAAGGUCAUGUGGCACACAAAUGCUGGUCUUGUUGAAUCUCACGCAUGGGACUCUCGUCCACCUUCUUGGCCAAUUCUUCAACGUGGUAUCAACUUCUGGGGUAAAGACCACCGUCAAAUUUACCUCAUUGGUAACCCAAUUAUCUGGUGGAGCUCUACCUUGGCAAUCCUCGUCUUUGUUGCAUUUAAGGGUCUUGCAGUCCUUAGAUGGCAACGUGGUUUCAAAGAUUAUGACAACACGAUCUUCAAGCGUUUCGACUACGAAAUUGGUACCAUGGUCUUGGGCUGGGCUUUCCACUACUUCCCAUUUUACCUCAUGCAAAGACAAUUGUUCCUUCACCACUACUUCCCAGCACUCUACUUUGCUGUUAUCGCCCUUUGCCAGCUCUACGAUUAUGUUACUGCUCGUAUUCCUGGAAUCGGUCUCCGAGAGAAUUUGUUCAUUGGUCGUCUUGGCGCAGUCAUCUUUUUGGCUCUCAGCGUUGUCGUCUUUGGACUUUACUCUCCUCUUGCAUACGGUAAUCCAUGGACUCAGUCUGCCUGCAACAAAGUCAAGCUCUUUGAGUCUUGGGACUUUGAUUGCAACACUUUCCUGACCGAGUACUCUCAAUAUUCCAACCAAAUUUCAAAGUCGAUUGACAACGUUCACAAAACCUCAUCGCCUCUUCAGCCAUCUGAGGCUGCCGUUGCACCUCCACCAAACGCAGGUGAACAGAAGCCAAUUGUCGAGCACGUCGGCAUGUCAGAGGCUCCAGCCGAACCAGUUGUCUCCCCACCACCAGAAGCUCCUCUACCUGCUGGACAACAAAUUGUCAAGCGCGAGGAAAAGGUUGAGUACAGAGAUCAAGACGGAAAUCUUUUGAACGAAGAACAAGUCAAGGAAUUAGAAGGAAAAGUGAGCUUCAAGACUCGCUACGAGACUAGAACUCGUCUAGUUGACGCCGCUGGAAACGAGAUCAACUCCCCUGAAGACGCAGGUGUCGCUCCUCCCCACCCAGACGUCGAGGGUGUAGACCCUUCCACCAUGAAGAAAGCAGACACGGAGAGCAAGCCAGAUGUUAAGGCUGAUGAAAGCAAGGAGGAAAGCAUCGCCAAGUCUGAUACUGGCGUUGCGAAGCCUGCAAGCGAGGGAAACGAAGCAACUGCUCUGUAG